AUGGCGAAAACAAGUAAGGGCAGGCAAAGGGUUGAAAUGGUGAAGAUGCAGAACGAGAACAACCUUCAAGUCACUUUCUCGAAACGCCGGGCCGGACUUUUCAAGAAAGCCAGCGAGCUUUCGACCCUUUGCGGCGUCGAUGUUGGGAUUAUCGUUUUCUCGCCGGGGAAGAAGGUUUUCUCGUUCGGCCACCCGAGCGUGGAGGCGGUGGUGGAGAGGUUUCUCGGCGGCGACGAUGCGGCGGGUAACGGCGGCGGCGGCGUUGCGUCGACGACGGAGCAGCUGAUUGAGGCGCACCGGAACGCGAGAGUCCAGGAGCUGAGCGUGGAGCUGACGCGCCUAGAGGCGAUGAUUGUGUCGGAGAAGAAGAGGGGCGAGGCGAUUGAUGAAGCCGCGGCGGCGAACCGUGAAGCUCAGGGAUGGGUGAGAGGCUCUCACGAUGAGCUCAGCUUGGAGCAGCUUCAAGCUUUGAAAAAUGGAAUGGAGAAUUUGAUGAGAGAAACUCAUCAGAAAGCUCAGCAGCUUAUGGCGAUGCAGGGAAAUAGUGGGUUCCCAUUUAACCCAUAUGCAUCUGGCGGCGUUUUUUCCGGCGGAGCUCUUCCUUUUAAUAGUGGUGUCGCCGGAGCUCAUCCAUUCAAUAGUGGUGGCGCCGCCGCAGCUUCAUCAAGUAGCCACGGCUAG